UUUUUUGUUGCUAUAAUCAAGACUGUUUUUGGUGUUGCAGUCGUUGCCAGUCUUUGUAUUUGCCAACCAGGCAGGGCUUGACAUGCUGGAAACAACUCUGGUGGCUUUACAAGAUAUCACACUGGACAAGAUAUUCGAUGAGUCUGGCCGGAAGGUGUUAUAUUCCGACUUUGCUAAGAUAAUGCAGCAGGGAUUUGCUUGCUUGCCGGCUGGAAUCUGCAUGUCAACGAUGGGGCGCCAUAUUUCAUACGAACAAGCCAUCGCAUGGAAAGUCCUAGCUGCUGAAGAGAACACUGUCCAUUGUCUUGCCUUCUCUUUUGUUAACUGGUCAUUUGUGUGAAAAUCUUGUUUAUUUAUUCAUCUACUACUCUCUUGCCUUCUGUAGUGUUGUGAAAUCGAAGAGUAAAAGAAGAGUAGAGAAAAGAAAAAGAAGUUUUGUAGUAUUCAAAUCCUGCCUGAGGUUUGCAUUACAUUAAUUUAUUUAAUUAAACGAUUCCAUGUUUUUGGUUGGUUAAUGUAAA